CCAGCUUUCGCUGUCUCACUAGAGCUGGGCAACGCGUCAGACACUGGCAAGUCUCGCUCUUCUCUUGCUUCUGACCUCUGUCACAACGACACAAGCAAGCAUUGUAAGCAGGAAAGCUUCGCACACCUUCAAACCACCAGUUUCCGAUCUCACUGAAUUUACCACUAUCAGCUUAGCAUCCAUUAAACGGGAGACAUGGACUGCGGCUUCAUACCCUUACCGCUCUGUAUACAAUGUGGUACAGACCAGAACCCGUGCAAAGUCAAAGUGGUGGGCCCGACACUAGGAUUCAUCAUUGGAGUGUGCAUGGCAAUUGUAUGCUGGCCAGCUGCCAUCUUGUGUUGCUGUUGUGCGACAGACAUGGGCAAAAGAAUGCUCGGAGCGCCAGCAGAUACAUCUCAAGCAAUAGGGCACGCCAUCCCGUUUUGAAUGGGUUUCGGAGCUUAGAGAGUGGCAUUGCGAUUACUGCAUGAUUUGCACGAUUUAGCGGAUACGGUACCAGAAGCCCAGCAAGUACAGCAUGCACGAGAUCGGAAUAGUACGCCAGAUGGUCCUGGGACAGUACGCAAGUGCAGUGCGGCUGGGUUGUCAUCAGACAUUGGCUCUGGGAAGGUGGAGUAUCGCGGCGACAAAAUUCACGGCCUCGGUGUGGAGCACAAGCAGACUGCAGUGUUGUGCAGCACUUCGAUGACAUAGACCUCCGACAGCAGCAGCUCAAUGACACAGCCCGAAAAAUCACAUCUCGCACAAUGCAGCACUUUGCG